CCAUGCUUACGAUGGCUUGUCUGGCGAGAAGCCUUGUGGUCUGCCUGCCCCUCGUGGUCCUCGCCGCCGUGGUCUGCCUGCCAUCACGCGGCGACGCCAUGGGCCUGCCCCAGCCUCCGCCGGACCUCAACUUCACCAUCGCCGUCGAGGGCGUCGUCUGGUGCAAGACCUGCCGGUACGCCGGCUACGUCCGCUCCAUGGACGCGUCGCCCCUCCCGAAUGCCACGGCGCUGCUGCGGUGCCGGCGCGACGGCGACCCGCGGGCGCUGUCCGUGUCGAACACCACGGACGCCGACGGCUGCUUCCUGAUCCAGGCGGACUGGCAGUCGGCGCCCUUCAAGAGCAAGGACUGCAAGGUGUACGUGCAGCGGUCGCCGGCGGCAGGGUGCGCCGUGCCCGUCAAGCCCGCUGCCAAGAAGGGGGCGCCGCUCAAGUUCCGCAGGUUCGUGCCGCUCCCCGACGAGCUGCAGGCGCGCUACACGGCGGGCAACUUCACGUUCGCGCCGGAGGAACCCGCCAAGUGCUAGCUACUGCUACCUGAUCGAGUAGCUGACUCUGGACGUCCAACUGUCGGAAUAAAUCAAAUACUAUGUGUUUGCAGGGAAUGAUUGACAAUGUAACACCAAUCCGGCCAAGCGAAAACUUUCAUAUGUAUAUUUUUGACAGCCCUAUAUGGGUCUCCUUUUUUCUAACAAAAAGGAUGAACAGAACGAACGUUGGCCGCACAGGGUUUACAAGUUUUGCAAGCUCUAGCUCUUAAAUUUUUUUUUCUUGCAUCUAGGGUGCAAGCUGCUGAUCCUAGCAUUCUGGCUAGAUCCAUGGUGCAGCUGUAAUAUAUGCGUCGUGCUCUGUUCUUUGUUCACUGGCUCUUUGUUUGAGUUGAGUGGUGUAUUGGA